GGCUCAAACCGCCCAGUGAGGAGCCUGUCAGUCUGAGCUCCGGGCUGUUAACCCUCCCGCUGUCCUUGACAGAAACAGGAAGCUGAGAUGAUGGCCGCUGCAGCGAGAGGACUGGUGGGGAGGACACUCAGAGGACUACAGGGAGGACUCGGCUCCGUGGUAGUGAGGGGACUCCAUGGGGGAGGUCUGGGUAAAAGCCUCCGAGAGAUCCGAGUCCAUCUCUGCCAGAACUCUGCAGCCAGCCAGGGAGCCAGAGACUUUGUGGAGCAGCACUAUGUGACUCUGAAGAGGUCUAACCCAGACUUCCCGAUCCUGAUCAGAGAGUGUUCUGGAGUCCAGGCCCGGGUCUGGGCCCGCUACGAUCUGGGUAAGGAACGCAGCGUCUCAGUGGACAACAUGUCAGCUGAUCAGGUGGCCGGCGCUCUGCAGACUCUGGUCCAGUCCAAACCUUGACCCCCCCGCCCCCUCCGUCCCUGCUGAAGUGGUUCAGUCCAAACUGGCUUCAUUCAUUCAGUUUGUAUGUAAAUGUGUUGAUAUGAAUAAACCUCAAUAUGAUUAAUGUC